GAUCCAUCCGAAAACCAAUUCUAGAUCUCUACUUCUGUUUUUUCUGUUUCCAUUUUUCUUAAUGUUCCUGUAAAGCCAACUUAAAACGUUGAUAUUUUUGUUUUCUGGAAAAUAUAGUUUUAAACCCAAGUUCAAUCCAUUGAGAUUUGAAAGCUCCAAACAUAAACUCCAUAUUCCCAUUCCAAAGAUACCCAUUAUCUUGUUAGAUCCAAUUGAGUUCAGAAAUUAUGUGUUUUAGGAUCGUGGAUUUUGGUUUGGGAUUUUGGGUACCCGUUUCGAGAAAAUGAUGCCCUGCUUUAAAUUUGUACCUGUUUGAUGGGACUUGAUUCAGUCUCUCUAUUUUUUGAGAGUUGAGUUGGGUUAUCAUUUGGAGUGGAUUUUUCUUUUAUGUGUUGGGAGAGAAGAAAAGAGAAAAAAAAGAAGAGAACAUGUUUUGGAGGGAACGUGAAAUGGCGAACAAUGAGCUUAAUGGAGGACCUCUUUGGGGGCAGAUUAGAGUUCUUGUUGUCGGUGAUUCAGGUGUUGGUAAAACUUCUCUUGUCCAUCUGAUUGUUAAAGGCUCUUCCAUUGCUCGCCCUCCUCAAACUAUUGGAUGUACAGUUUCUGUGAAGCAUACAACAUAUGGUAGUCCUGGUAGCUCUUCAAGCAGCUUAAAAGGGGAUGCCGAGAGAGAUUUCUUUGUCGAACUCUGGGAUGUAUCGGGACAUGAGAGAUACAAAGAUUGCAGGUCUCUAUUUUAUUCACAAAUUAAUGGUGUUAUUUUUGUUCAUGAUCUUUCCCAAAGGAGAACAAAAACAAGCCUUCAGAAGUGGGCAGCUGAGAUUGCGGCGUCUGGGACAUUUUCAGCUCCUCUAGGUUCUGGAGGUCCUGGCGGACUUCCUGUCCCAUACAUUGUUAUUGGUAAUAAAGCUGAUAUUGCUUCUAAAGGGGGUACUAGAGGUAGCAGUGGCAAUCUUGUUGAUGCAGCUCGUCAGUGGAUUGAGAAGCAGGGCUUGCUUCCAUCUAGUGAGCAACUUCCACUGACUGAGAGCUUUCCUGGUAGUGGAGGUUUUACUGCAGCUACCAAAGAUGCUAGAUAUGAUAAGGAAGGCGUAAUGAAAUUUUUUCGUACGGUAUUAUUGCCAUCUUUGCUUACUUUGUGUGGUUUUCUAGCAUCGAUUUGUUGCGAGGUAUCCAUUGUUAAACUUGCAUCAUGCUUGCUUCAGUUAAUCAGGAGAAGAUAUUUUUUGGAUGUCUUACCGAACCCAAAUACAUGGUCCACAUCUCGAACCUCUCAACGCCUGGAUGAAAAUUACAGCGAUGAUGAACAGUUUUACCAGCGUACUAGUUUGAGCGGUGACCCUCACAGGUACACCAUGCUUCCUCCCUUACCAGCACCGCACAAUCUGACUCCGCCUCCUAUGCUUUACCCUCAACAACCGGUUUCCGUGACCGAGAAUUACAGCCUUCCGAGAUUCUCCUUUACAGGCUCCCAAGAUAUUAAUGUGUGAUGUUCUCCACUUGCAUGGGGCGUUUUGGUUACUGGAUGGAUGUAUAAAAUAUCCCCAUUAUUUCCAUCAAUUUCUCCCUUUUCUUUCGUAAUGAAUCU